AUGGGGAUGGCGAUGGAGGCGGCGCGGGGCGACGGGGCCGGGCCGGCGGCGGCCCGCGGGUCCGGCCGAAAGCGGCGGUGGAGGCCCGUCCUGCUGCGCAGCGUUGUCGGCAGCAUCCAGGAGGGACGAGGAUUUGCAUUUCGGAGGAAACAAAAGAUUGAACGACAGUACAGGAAAUUAUUGAAGAAGAGAAAACAAGUGCAUUCACAGCAGGAUGAUCAGUUUACUGAUACCUAUCCAGAGCACUUGAAGCAUCUUUACCUUGCAGAGGAAGAAAAGCUUAGGAAGCGGCGCAGGACUCCAGGUGAUUCGGUGUCAUCAGAAGAAAAGCUUAAUAAAGCAGCAGAGUCAGUUGUGACUCAAGAGAAGUUUAAAAAUAAAACUUCCAAUCAGAAGGCAAAAGAAGAGUAUGAGAAAAUAAAGGCUGAGCAUGCUAGAAAGAAAGAGGAAGCAGAAAAAAGAAAACAACAAAAAGAAGAAGCUCAACGUUUGUACAAGAAAAAGAAAAUGGAAGCUUAUAAAAUAUUGAGUAAGAAGACCAAGAAAGGACAGCCAAAUCUAAAUUUACAAGUAGAAUUUCUUCUUCAGAAAAUACAGCAAAAUACAUAACCCCUGCAUAUAUUUAAGUUAGCUGUGGACAUUUUAUAAAUUACUUUCAAUAAAUUUUUUUUGCUUCCAUA